AUGGUCUCCAGUGAGUCCCGUAUCAUUAUCAUUGGCGGCGGUGCUUGGGGUCUCUCGACAGCACUUUAUCUAACGGAAGCUGGCUAUUCCGAUGUGACAAUAUUGGACCGUGCUGAAGCUAUACUUUCACCCUACUCAGCGGCAUAUGAUUUGAACAAAAUUGUUCGCGCAGAAUAUGAGGGUGGCUUUUAUUCAAAGCUUGCAUUGGAGGCAAUUGAAGGCUGGAAGACCCCACUGUUUGGGCCAUACCAUCAUCAAACCGGCCAUGUGAUAGUGACAACUGGCAGGGCACCCGAAAAAGCCGUCACUUAUCUCGAGAGAGCGUUGGCCUCUAUCGAAAAGGACCCGGCACUUGCCCAACGAAUUUAA